GUCGAUCGAAACUCGCGCGAAGUGAGGUUAUCUUUGUUUACAAAACAGUUAUAUUAAAAAUACCAAGCUGUCGGCGAAAAUAGAUUUGGACAUGAGCUUACAAACCGACUUUGGCCCCGAUUCAGGGGGCAGAGUUAAAGGUCUUGUGAUAGUAAAACCUAUAGUAUACGGUAAUGUAGCGCGAUACUUUGGCAAAAAGCGUGAAGAAGAUGGCCAUACUCAUCAAUGGACAGUGUAUGUGAAGCCUUAUGCUAAUGAGGAUAUGUCCACUUACAUCAAAAAGGUCCACUUUAAACUGCACGAGAGUUAUGCGAACCCCAACAGAGUAGUGACUAAACAACCAUAUGAGCUGACCGAGACAGGUUGGGGGGAGUUCGAGAUAGUUAUCAAGAUCUACUUUCACGAUCCAAAUGAACGACCUGUAGCACUAUACCAUAUUCUCAAGCUCUUCCAGUCGCCAGUUGCGGAUGGAGCUCCUCCUGCAGUGGGUCGAGCACUAGUCAGUGAAUCCUAUGAAGAGAUAGUCUUCCAAGAACCGACACAGCUGAUGCAGCAUUUGCUGAACAGUGUCAAACCCAUCACUAAUGGACCCUGGACUCAUGACACUGAUUUUGAAGAAAAGAAAGAAAAGACAUUACAAAAGAUAAUAGCCGCCCAAACUAAAGUCCGGAGUGAAAUAUCAGAACUAAAGGAGAAGUUGCAUUUAGCUAAGGAAACCAUUAAUAAAUUCAAAGAUGAAAUUGCGAAACUACAGAAUAGCAGUGGAGGUGGCAUGUUGACCGGUGUAUAGCCUACUUUAUAAGACAGUAUUUAUUAUUUAACAAAUGAAUUGCUGAACUAUUUUUAUGUGCAUAAUUUCGGAUCUUCAUGGAUCUAUGAAUGUCACAUUAGUGUAUACUUGAAACAAAUAUAAAUGAUAAUAUCAUUGCUAUUAAUUGACCAUGAAAAAAAAGAUAGGUACAUAUAAGUUAGCCGUGUCUAUAUGUCUAGAGUACGCUAGAAUACUUAGACUUACAUACAUCCGAGUCAGCCGUGUCAUCUAGAGUACACCAGAAUACAUAAGUACAUUCAUCUGAAUCUAAAUAAAAUUCUGUGCUAACAUCAAUUUUAAAUUGGAAAAAACGAUGCAAAGGAAAAGAAAAAAUAUAAUUAUGGCUUUAGAAUGAAUUGCAUCUAGAUAUUCAUCCAUGUUGAUAUUCAAAUUAGUAAAUUAAACUUAUUUCAUAUUAAAAAAGGCUGAUUCAUUUAAAGAAUGAUUCAUUAUUAUUGAAGAUCGAUUCGUCUGUUUAGUUGUAAGUAGUUUUAAUUCGUUAGCGAUUAAUUUUUAUAUGUAAUUAAAUAUAAU